AAAGGGGGUGCUUUGCCCAUACAUAGAGAGAGAAGUCUUUUUUAUUGCUUCUAGAACGGAACACCUGUAAAGGCCUUCAAAAUGGCGACUUUUAUGCCAUGGCAAAGUUUUAAGAGUGAGAAAGAGUGGAUGCCAUUAAAAUGAAGAACAGCUCCUAUUUUAAGCGCACCCACUUGUACUACACGGCCUGUACUACCGUCAAAACCAGUAAAUUAUCAGUAGUACAAAGCACACGACAAAUGUAAACACAGUUCUUACUACUAAUAAAAACCCAUGAAUUAUUCACCUCUGUGGUGAAUGAAGAAUCCAUUCAGGGUUAGAGCAAGAAUGGGAUCAACAGACCUUGCUGCCAUGGACGUUGAGGAAGAGUUGCAGGUGCAGGAGCAAGAGUGUAGAAAGAUACCACCAUGGACUAAGCAGAUCACUGCGAGGGGACUGGUCGCGAGCAUCAUCAUUGGAGUUAUGUACAGCAUGAUUGUUAUGAAGCUCAACCUCACCACUGGUCUUGUCCCCUCGCUCAACAUCUCGGCGGCUUUGCUUGCUUUCGUGUUCUUGAAAAGUUGGACAAAGCUCCUUCACAAAGCAGGGGUGGUCUCUGCUCCCUUCACAAGACAGGAGAACUGUGUUGUUCAGACUUGUGCUGUUGCUUGUUACAGUAUUGCUGUUGGAGGGGGAUUUGGAUCCUACCUUUUGGGAUUAAAUAAGAAGACGUAUGAACGCGCUGGAGUCGAUACCGAAGGGAACACCCCUGGAAGCUACAAAGAGCCGGGGAUCGCUUGGAUGACUGGUUUUCUUUUCAUUGUUUGUUUUGUUGGGCUCUUGGCUCUGGUUCCUCUCAGAAAGAUUAUGAUUAUAGAUUACAAAUUGACAUAUCCAUCUGGCACUGCAACGGCUGUUCUCAUCAAUGGUUUCCACACACCUCAGGGAGAUAAAAUGGCUAAAAAGCAGGUCCAAGGAUUUGCAAAAUUCUUCACAGUCAGUUUCUUGUGGGGCUUUUUUCAGUGGUUUUACUCUGGAGGGGAUGGAUGUGGGUUUUCUCAGUUUCCCACGUUUGGUUUGAAGGCUUGGAAGCAAACGUUUUACUUCGAUUUCAGCAUGACAUAUAUAGGGGCUGGGAUGAUAUGUUCCCAUUUGGUGAAUCUCUCUCUACUUCUUGGCUCAGUGAUAUCUUGGGGUAUAGUGUGGCCUCUCAUCAGAGAACAGAAGGGGGUUUGGUACUCUGAAAAGUUACCAGAGAGCAGCAUGAAAAGCCUUCAAGGUUACAAGGUAUUUGUCACCAUUGCUCUGAUCCUAGGAGAUGGGCUGUACAAUUUUGCGAAGGUCAUGGCUUUCACUAUUAGAAACUUCCAAGCUCAAAUGAAACACAAAAACAUCAAUACAGAAGCAAACCUGUCCAUCUCUUCCCAAGGAAGGGCCCCAGUGACAGACGGACAUCUCCUAGCCUGUGACAAGCUCCACCAUGAUGAGGCAUUCGUUCGUGAUCGCAUCCCCAUGUGGGUAGCUUGCUCUGGCUACACCCUCUUCUCCCUCGUAUCGAUCCUGUCAAUCCCACGCAUGUUCCCCGAAAUGCGAUGGUACUAUGUCCUCACUGCCUAUAUAUUUGCCCCGGCCUUGGGCUUUUGCAAUGCAUAUGGAGCGGGGCUCACCGAUAUGAACAUGGCCUACAACUAUGGCAAAGUGGCCCUCUUUGUUUUGGCAGCUUGGUCUGGUAGUUCAGGUGGUGGGGUGGUGGCUGGUCUUGUUGGGUGUGGGCUCGUAAAAUCGAUUGUGUCCAUCUCAGCUGACCUUAUGCAAGACUUUAAGUCAGCACAUUUAACCCUGACUUCACCUAGGUCUAUGGUCAUGAGCCAAGCAAUUGGAACCGCAAUUGGAUGUGUAACGGCUCCCUUGAGCUUUUGGUUGUUCUACAAGGCGUUUGAUAUUGGGAACCCUGAUGGGGAGUUUAAGGCACCUUAUGCGCUUAUAUAUCGCAAUAUGGCCAUAUUAGGUGUAGAGGGCUUCUCGGCUUUGCCUUUGCACUGCUUGCAACUAUGUUACGGGUUUUUUGCAUUCGCAAUGUUGGUGAAUUUGGUCAAGGAUUUGGUGCCUGAGAGGUUCGGGAGUUGGGUACCACUACCUAUGGCUAUGGCCGUGCCUUUCUUGGUGGGGGCUUAUUUUACGAUCGAUAUGUGUGUUGGGACUUUGAUUGUUUUUGUUUGGAGGAAAAUUGAUGAGAAAAGGGCUGAGCUGAUGGUACCUGCUGUCGCCUCGGGUUUGAUAUGCGGAGAGGGGCUCUGGAUAUUGCCUUCAUCCAUAUUGGCCUUGGCCAAGGUACAGCCCCCAAUGUGUAUGAGAUUUUUGCCUACCAUUAAGUUUAUGUGAUUCACAACAUUAAGUUUUGGAUUUGAAUCAUAAAUUCAGCUGAAAUAAAAUGUUGGGCCAUACUUUAAAGACCAAAGAUUCUAGAGGAUGCAUAAAUGUAGGCAUUCAUGGAUGUAUUAUUUAUUAGAUGGAUGGGGGAAGGAUACCGUGGUUCAGUUACAAGAGGCGAGACCUAGGUAGCUGAGGAUACAGGCUUCUAAUGGCAAUCAUGCCAUCAUCAGGUUAAGAAUUUUGGGUAUAGUAAAAAGAAUGACUGGUGUACAUGGUAUCAACAAAGUGGCCUACGGAAGCUUAGGCCUUUCAGCCAUGAAGUAAUGCUAGGAUUGUCUGAGUCCAUGGAUCAAGAGUUUUGCAUUUUGUAUUUUUGGGAAUGCUUGUGGAACAAAUACAAUAUUUUGUCAAUCUCAACACAUUGUAAGGUGAGGCACAACAAGUGGCCUGCCUCAUUACCAUAAGGUCUAGGGUUUGUUUACAACAAGUGGCCUGCCUCAUUACCAUAAGGUCUAGGGUUUGUUUAGAACUUUAUUUGCUUCAAAUGCAAUUAUACUGGCUCUUUUUAUGGUCCAAUCUCUCUCUCUCUCUCUGAAGAGAGCAGAACUUGGCUAAUUUUACAUAAAACGGUACACAGCGUUUUGAGUUUU